GCCAUCGACGACUGCAAUGCCGCCAAGCCGACGUCCCAGGUGUCGCAUCUUUUCCACGAGCCCGGCACACCCCAGGACUGUACGCGCUACGAUCCAGUGGAUAAGGAGGACUUAUGCACGCCCGGCAUGAACUCCUACAUCGAAGGGAAGACGUUCCUGUCCGGAACCCGGGUGGUGCACCUUCAGGACAGGCUGGUCACGUCGGUGACCGUCCUGCGACAGAAUAUGAGCGACAUCGCCUGGAUUGGGGACAACAAGGGCUUCCUGUACAAGAUUACGUGCGAGGCAACGAAGCAGACGCGAGACAAGCCCUCAUUGCCUCCUCCUUCCAACUGGACGACGAGACCAAGGCGAUGCUGGAAGCGGAGAAGCUGCUCUUCAAGCGAGAGUUCCUCACCCUGGGCCCUGUCAUCGGACAGGGACACUUCGGCUGCGUCUACAGAGGAACGCUGGAGCUGGAAGGAAAGGGAGAGGUCCAGUCUGUCGCGGUGAAGACACUUCACAACAACUCGAGAGGUGGGGAGGCGGACGGCCAGGCGUUCCUGGAGGAGGCGCUGAUCAUGAAGGACUUCCACCACAUGAAUGUGCUGCCGCUCAUCGGCCUGAGCAUCGACGAGGGCGGCCAGCUCAUGGUCAUCAUCCCGUACAUGAAGUACGGGGACCUGCUCUCCUACAUACGCGAGGAGAGAAACUCACCAACGGUGAAGGAUUUGAUCACCUACGGAAUCCAUGUAGCUGAGGGCAUGAAAUACCUCUCCGACACCAAGUUUGUGCACAGGGACCUCGCAGCACGCAACUGCAUGUUAAGCGAAGACUUCAUUGUGCGCGUCGCCGACUUCGGACUGUCACGAGACGUGUACGAAAAGUACUACAGCGGUGACAAUAAGAAGACCAAGCUUCCUGUCAAGUGGAUGGCCCCCGAGAGUCUGGAGAAGGGCAUCUACAACCACAAGACGGACGUGUGGGCGUACGGAGUUUUGUUGUGGGAGUUGAUGACCCGAGGCGUGACGCCCUACCCGGAAGUGGACAACUGGGACAUCAUAAAUUUUCUCCAACAAGGACGCAGGAUGCAGCAGCCUACCUUCUGUCCGACCAUGCUAUACGAAAUCAUGCUGCAGUGUUGGGACCAUGACCCCAAGAAGCGUCCGUCGUUCGCGCGACUCGUGACGGACGUGUCGAAUGUCAUCAGGACCAUGGAGAAGGAGAGCCGCAACAAGAGGGUCAGCCUGAACGUCACCUACGUCAACUAUCCGCUCCCUGACGACAGCGGGGCCGGGCCAUCGGGGCAAGGCGACGCAUCGUCAAAGUGUUCCUAGAGAUCCGAAUGCCCAAGCCCCAUUCCUCCUAGGAACCAGAUUCCCAGUAUUGCCUGUGACCAGGUCAAGAAUCCUCUUUAAGACGAACUCCACCCCCCUACUUCGCGUCGGCUGGCAAAGUGAAGUGAAGUGCUCCAGGAAUUCUGACGUGACCGGCUUCAGCUUAACGGAAACAAUCAAAAUGAGUGGAGAACAUGGUUUGGUAUUGUGACUGCAUCAAUGAGAAUUUGAAGAACAAUCACGCGGAUUUUGGUUGCAUAUCGUGGCCACAGUUUGGAUACUUUCGGUCCGGGAGCUUACAGCCCGCAUGACAUCCGAAAGCUUCUGCUCAGUACAAACUAGCCAACAAAUGAACAAAAGGCCACAUCUCGACAGGGACACGAAAGGUCUUUGAAGGGUUCAUAUGUUUUCCCAGAGCUGUGCAUUUACAACGAUCAUAAUGAUGUCACCGGCGCCUUCACUACACAAGUGUCCUUCAAAGUGGUUAGUGGCCUACGCUCCGUUUCUCUCUCAUACAAGAGUUUGUUUAACCUUCAGGUAUCUUCUCCGUCGCAAUCAGUUCGUGCAUUUCAAAGGGCUGCGCGUGCAUGCCUUUGACAGCAUCGGUUCAAGUCGGGCUUUAGCCCACCCCCUUUAUUUUUAACCCAACACUGUUGUGCCUACCCUCAUGAAUGGGAGCGAAAUGGAAGCUAAGAGCGAAAGGAUGUUGCCUCUAAAGGUGCUUAGCUGAGCGUAUGUGCAUGCAUGACAUAGACGCAGCGUGCACGGCAGCCGAAGCGGCAUCGAAGCCGAAACUGCAAGUGCGAACAUGACUCAACGAGCGUCCUUGAACAUGUGCACUGCAGGCACACUCAAGGCACGAAACACUCCUUUGUAGCUUCAGCUGCGUUCGACACCCAGCUGCUUCGCUCAGAUUUAUGCUGAGGCUGUUCAAAGGUCGGUAAAAUGGGCAUGCCCUUGACCGGCGCUCAGGCGCUUAUAACCUUUCCCGUCACCGAGUAUGAAGCUCUACAAUUCGUGAUCCUGUGCCACUGUGCCAUUCUUCUGAACUUCCUAACGUUCGCUUCAUCUUUCUCCACAAGCAAGAGAGAAAAAGACGACGAAGCUUAAAUGUGGUUAUGAGUCAGGGUUUCCACCUCACUCUGUUGUCACUGCAUUUUUUUCUUUUGUUUAUCAUUCCGGGGACGAAUACCGUGACAUCGAUGGGAACAAGUUUGCGCUGAGGUAAUACUCUCCAAACAAUAGUAUGAGUCAGCGUCCAUUGACACUGACAUACCGAUUAUCAUGGCGCAUAUCGCUAGUCAGACGUUCAUUUUGUAGGUGAAAGCGGGGCAUAUCCGCGUUUGCCAGCAUCCUACUCAAAGAGGUUAGUGUGAAUCGCCAGAAGGCAUUGAGCAAACUAAACUUUCUGUACGGACAUUCCAAGUUAUAGCGCUCUUCAGGCUUUCAGCGUGUAAAAAUCUGCAGCCUGAAAGUGCACGCACGUCGCUGCAUCUUUCCAUUCUUUCAUGAAAUGCACCUUGCAAUUUGUUAAUACGCUUCGACUGGUAAGAGUGGCUUCAACAUGCUGGUAUGCAACGCACCCUUGCCCCGAGCGACUGGGUCCAGAAACUAGGGUGCCUACAUGUCUGUCUGCCUCAGGAUGAAGACAUCCUUUGUUGCACUGAGUGGGCCAGCGCGUGACGCCCACUCAGUGCGUGUGUUGUGCGGUAAACCAACGUCUAAGCAUGAGCCAAGGCUACGCGCUCGACCUUUGUCACACUGGAUUGCAUGUUCUUCAAAAGACAUAAUACGGAUGAGAUGUCACCCCUCAUGCAAAAGCGCGUGUGUCAAGGAACUCUACCAGAAACAUCUCAGUAGCGCUGCAAUGAUCCUCACGUCAAAGCCCCUCUAUCCUGGGAAAAGUGGCGCCAUUCGUUGUUGUAGAAAUGCUCGAGGCACGUGCUGCGCGCCACUUCUGGGAAAUUCAUGGCGUCGUAAAUCUAGCUCACUGCGUAUCACUGCUGCGCUGUGCCGCCAUGAUCUUCCCAAGGGCUGCGCAUUGCACGUGCCUCGUGCAUCAACGAACCUUGCGCUACUUUCGAAACAUGGAGGGGCUUUACCUCAUGUGCACGCUUUUCAUAUGCUUUCUCAGUGCUAAGCUCGGCCUUGCGUUUAACACGUGAAUCUGUGAACAAUAGAAGAUAUGAAAGCUAUGUGUUUUCUUUUUUCAUUUUUCGCCAACAAUAAACUAGACGACGACUGUUAAACUUCGCAGCCUAUACGUCGUUGCACCUUAACAUGGACUAACCGGCCACAAUCAUGAGGGGUAUCUUCUACUGGUGCACUUUAAGGUGCGAUCAACGGCAGAGACCUAAUUAAGACAAACCCCCGAGACUCGGUAAAAGACGAAGGACAACACAAAUGACAGAGUCUCAAUCAGUCUCGGCAGUCUGACUUAAAAUAUGUUAAACCUUAACCAGCUCGUUUGUGCCCUAACUUUUUAUUCGGAGAUACCUCACGUUUGUAGCUUGUGCAUUUAGUCCCUGGUAAAACAAAAUAUACUUUUUUUCUUUUUUUUUUUGAGAAGCAGUGUGCCUAGUGCCAUAACAUCCUGUUGGUACAGGAUUGAUUUUUUCUCUCUUGUUCAUGAUGCAAAAUCUGGGACACGUGGGGACCUAAAUGCCGUCUUGUACUACGCUCGUUGUUACCGCCAUGUCUCGGUUUAGUUGCUCAUGUAUACAUACAAUCGGAGCUCGAUCGUGUAUUACUCGUGAUGUGGUCGUCCAGGGGCCUUCAGUAUUAAAGAUUGUAAAUAAAUGUCCACGAAACUUUCUAU